GUGGUGGGCAUUAUCAGGCUGAUGAAGUGGUAUAAAAGGAGAGAGGAGGCCGAGGAGGUUACACUGCAACCUUGCUCGGGUUCAGAAGAAGAAACAGAGAAAAUGAAGGUCUUUGCUUUUGCUCUCCUGCUCCUGGUGGCCGUCACUUACGGUGAGGCCCUGCAGUGUCAGAACUGCGUCCGUGAGGCUCCUGACAGCGCAGACUGCGUGGAGACUGUGGAGACGUGUCCUCCAGAGAUGGACGCCUGUGCCAAAAUCACCUACCCUGCCCCUUACGAGAACACUUUCCACAAGUCCUGCUUCAAGAUGACUGAGUGUCUGAAGCUGGGGCUGACCCAAGGUCUGAAGGUCAGCUGCUGUAACUGGGACAGCUGCAACAAAUAAAGGCUCCACCUGGACCAGGACGUGACGUUGUGUGACCCAGUCAAAACACAGUAAAAACCUGUGUUCUCAGAAGCCAAAAUAAAAA